GCAAGAUAAUUAUCCAUCUUUUGAAUUCAAAAGUUCCCCGACACCAUGAAUUUCAUGGAAUUCUCAUCCCACCGGGGCACCCUUGCUGAUAGAUUUGAGAGCAGAAGCAGAGCACCACUACUACCACCAUGCCCCGAUGACCAAGCCAGCAAAGGCGGUCUCCUCUUCCACGACACUACCCGUUUCUUGCCACGUGGACAUUCUCCUUCUUCCCCGCGAAAAAUAUCCUUCCCUUUUUUUUUCCUUCGCCGCCCCCUUCUUAAACCCUCUCUCUUUCUCUCCCAUUUCAUAUUGGUAUCUUCUGGUUCUCAUUCUAACUUGGCAAGUUUCUAUAGUUUUUUUUUUUAAGAUGUUGGAGAUUGUAAAGUUUGGAACCUUUUAAACUGGGUUUGGAGGGAAGGAGAGGAAGUUUUUGAAAGCGUAAAACAUUUUUGUUUUUGUUGCUUGUGGGAAGAAGAAAAUUAGUAAUAAUACGAGAAAAGGGCUUGGGGAUGAAGAUUCAGUGCAGCGUGUGUGAGGCUUCGGAGGCGAAGGUUUUGUGUUGUGCUGACGACGCAGCGCUGUGUUGGGAAUGUGACGAUAAGGUCCAUGCCGCUAACAAGCUCGCCGGCAAGCACCAGAGAGUCCGUCUUUCUUCCUCCGGCUCUGACAUGCCCAAAUGUGAUAUUUGUCAGGAAUCUUUAGGCUAUUUCUUCUGUCUAGAGGACCGGGCUCUAUUCUGCAGAAAAUGUGAUGUGGCAAUACACACGGCAAAUUCCUAUGUCUCCACUCAUCAGAGGUUUCUGCUGGCCGGUAUAAGAGUAGGACUUGAGGCUACUGAGCCAGGUGCUUCCUUGUCUUCUGCUAAGUCACAGUCCGAGGAGAAGAUGUCUGAUACAAAAUCUUCUUCUGCCUCUAGAAGGGUUUCCUCAGUACCUGAGUCAUCUGAACACAAUGCAGUUUUACCUGCUCAUGGUGGUGGAGCUGGUGACAUGCCACUUUCUAAGGUGUCUUAUGGCGGUGGUUCAACUCCUGGAAACAUAUCAAACUGGCCCACUGAUGAUUUUUUUGGUCUAAAUGAAUUCAGUCAGAAUUACAAUUGCAUGGAUAAUGAACAAUUCACGGCCGACAGUGGGAAGCUUGGGCAUUCUGAUUCCAGCGAAGAGGAAAUAGACGAUGAUAACGACGACGACGAAGAGCGCUUGGGGCGAUUUUCAGAUUCAUCCUGGACUGUCCCUCGGAUGCCUUCCCCUCCUACAGCUUCAGGAUUACAUUGGCCUCAAGACCAAAGAUACACACCUGACCAUGCUAUGUUUGUUCAUGUUCCAGACAUAUGCUAUUCUGACACACAACAGGUCAAUCGUAUUCGGAAUCGUGGUUUUUUAUCAAAACGACACAGGCAACCAUAAAUCUCCACACUACGCCAAAUCACUAUAUGAUAGCAUGUCAAGCUUAAUGAUUUUUGUCUGUGUAAGGUGUAAUUUGGUGAUGUCAGCCUUUGAAGUAUCAUCCUAUUCAAGUUGAUUAGGUUCAUGGUUGUAUUCAAUUCAUGGUUGUGUCAUUUUUCUUGAUGGAGCAAUUCAAGAUCAUUAUCUACAUGUUCAUGGUUGUCUCAAUUAAGAUUGGUGCAGAUGCAUAAGGCAGGUUACGACAGUGUAUUAAUUCAGAAGGCAUCGAUAUAUUAAAUUUGAUUUCAUGAUUGU